AUGUCCACCGCGCAGGCGCUGCUCACGAGGUUGCAGGACCGCGGCAAGAAUACGCCUACGUCUGUGCGUCAUAUACUACUAGAGCUAGCAUCUUGCUGUCGAUCUGAGGGUGCCAAGGUUACCAUCCUCACCGAUGGCUUGGAGCCGCUCCUGGCACUGGCCGCGGGCGAUCAGGAACUGCCGCGCGGCGAGACGCUCGAAGUGCUGCUGGAGCUUCUUACACUGAUCGUUCUAGAAAAUCCCGAUACUAAAACAAACGCAGUUAGGGGCGGGGCAAUGGAACUGGCAAUUCGAUGUCUGCAUGAAGUGUCAGUAGGUGCUGGAGGCAGCAGACGACGCGCUAAGAUCUUGAAGCGCGCACUAGAACUCGUGAAUCUAUUGAGCCAAACUACCGAGUCAAAGCAGCAAGGGAGACAGACCGUCGUGAUCAAGCAAAUUUUAGAGAUGAUGGCACGUCCAGAUGAGGACGAAAGCGUCUUGGUUCGGGCCACAGAUACACUAGGGCGCUUCAUUGAUGGCAGCGUAAAGAGAAUCCAAGUUGCAACCCAGGAACACGCCAUCACCAUUCUGAUCGGUCUGCUGAAUUUGACUGGUGACAGUAAAUUGAACUUGAAGCGAACCGUGUGUGAAGUCCUGAUUCUGAUGGGUGAAGCGCCAGGGAUGCUCCAAAUGAUGGCCAAGCAAGAUAUCGUUAGCGCUUUGUGUGUCUGUCUGCGUAUGGACCCACGGAGUCGAGAAGUGGAGUGUGGUGCUGUACGCUUAUUGUCACGAAUAGUACGAGACGCACAAAUGUACGGCCAAAUUGUUCGCGAAGAGAUGAUACCGCUUCUGUUCCAAGUCAUUGAGCAUAAUAGCAAUACUAAAGAGAUGACGGUGGUAACGUGCGCCAUCAUCGCUGACUUGUCCGACUUUGCUCGACAAUGCAAGUUGGACCUUUCUCCUUUCGUGAAGAACUGCAAAGGGAAAAUGCUCGUUCUCGCCGCUACUUGCCAUGCACAAGAGGCCAGUGUGGCUGACAACACGUUUCGCUUCUUUGUCAAUGUUUCGAAUAACCCAGUGGACAUCCCUCACUUGAUCAAUUCAGAGACAAUAGAAGGUUUGUUGUCGCUGUAUGUGCUUGCCGGCGGAUCUAGCUAUCUUGCUGAAUUAGCAGGACAUUUAGUUCACGUGAUUUCGAGACUGAGUCGGUCGACGCUGGAGCAAUUCACAAUGCAAGAAGAAGAUAUCACACUUCCCGCGCUGUUUCUCUGCUUGAGAAAUUAUCAAGAAAACAUCCGAUUUGCAUCGCAGGUUUUCGCCAUUUUGGCGAAACACUGGAAGACACAGUGUUACGAUAAGAGCGUGCAGGCGAUUACUGGCUACAUCGGCAUUGCAGUCGACAUACUUUGCAGAACUAUUCCGUCUUCAACGUCGUGGGGAGACCAGGUGCGUUAA